AUGGUGAUGAAAUGUCCCUUGAAAGUGCUAACAGAAGGAAACAAGGAAUUCAAUUUCUACAAGCCAGGAGACUACUUGAUCAGUGGAAUCAUAUCUUUAUCAAAUUCUAUAUUUCGAUCCUAUGUUUUCUCCCAGCCUCCAACACAUAGAUUUGCAAGUUUGGAAUACAUGAGCUACUGGCAAGUUCUGCCCUUCUUGUUUGCCAUUCAUGAGAUCAACAAGAGCCCAAAACUCUUACAUAACAUGACCCUGGGCUAUAACAUCUAUGAGAACUUUUUCAAUGCAAGAAUGACAUACGAGGCCAUGAUGGACUUGCUCUCUACAGGAAAGGACAGUGUCCCAAACUAUAGUUGCGGAAGACAAAAAAAUCUGGUAGCUGUGUUUGAAGGGACUGAUUCUGAGCUCUUUAAUCAUGUAUCAACCAUGCUGGGCAUCUACAAAAUCCCCCAGAUCAACUAUGGUGUUAACACUCACAUCCCUGAGCAGAAGCUUCAUUUUCCUUUUUUCUAUCGAAUGACUCCAAAACAAGAACCUCCUUACUUGGCAAUUGUGAAAUUGCUCCUGCAUUUCCGAUGGACGUGGAUCAGCAUCCUUGCUCCAGACAAUGAAAAUGGACAAACAUUCAGAAGAACCUUUGCACCUGUAGCUGCAGCGAAAGGCAUUUGCGUUGUGUUCUCAGAAAGCAUCCCAGUGUUGCUUUGGGAAAAAAAAGUUUUCAUCUAUUUAGUCUUAAAAAGAAUGAGUGUUGUGGAAUAUGGGGCAACACCAUUUCAGUGUUCACAUUCAAGCCCUGUGUGGUCUAAGAAAGUUUGGAAAAGAUGUAUAGAAAGAGAGAGCUGGGAUAUUCCGCCCAAAGAGGUUGUUGCAAAGUUCCUGUCUGAAGAUGCCUACAGUAUUCCCAUUGCAAUCCAGGCUUUAUUGCAGGUCCUCAGUGCUGCCUCAUCCUUCCAGCUAAGCCAGAGGAAGAUCAGAGACCAUUUGAUACCCUGGACAGUACAAUCAUGGCAGCUUCAUUCUUUCCUGAGAAAUGUCCAACUUUACAAUCUUUCCAUGAAUGGUAUUUAUUUGGAUGAAAAAGGAGAUCCUGCUGUUGAUUUUGAUAUUGUGCACUGGGCAGUAUUGGCCAACAUACCUACCGAGGUGAAAGUUGGCAGUAUAAAAAAAGAGGCCUCCUCAGAAAUCAAUCUCUCCAUCAAUCAAAGUGCCAUCGUGUGGCCAAUAUCAUUCAAUCGGACAGUGCCUUUGUCUAGAUGUACUGAAAGUUGUCUUCCAGGAUACACCAAACUCACAAGAGAAGGAGCACCAGUUUGCUGUUAUCACUGUUCCCCAUGUAUAGAAGGAAUGAUUUCCACACAGGAAGAUGCAGCCCAUUGUGAAAAGUGUCCAGAUGACCAGAAUUCCAAUAAGAAGAAAGAUCAAUGUGUCCCCAAAGUUAUAACCUUUUUGUCCUACCAAGAAACAUUGGGUUUCAUCCUGGCUCUCUUUGCACUUACUUUAUCUCUAAUCACUGCCUGUGUUCUGGGAAUCUUCAUUAAAUACCAAGAAACUCCCAUUGUCAAAGCCAACAACCGAGACCUCACCUACGUGCUCCUGAUUUCCCUCUUACUUUCCUUUUUGACCACCCUUCUAUUCAUUGGUCAGCCAAAGAAAAUGACUUGCCUUCUUCAACAAACUACUUUCAGUUUUGUUUUCUCUGUUGCUGUGUCUUCCUUGCUGGCUAAGACUGUCAUGGUGGUAAUGGCAUUCCUGACUAAAAAGCCAGGCAGCAGAAUGAGGAAAUGGCUGAGGAAGAGUCUGGCCAAUUCCAUUGUCUUGUCCUCCUCUGGUAUUCAAGUGGGCAUCUGUAUCAUAUGGCUGGGAAUCUCUCCCCCAUUCCCAGAUUUUGAUCUAUAUUCUCAACCAGGACAGAUCCUGAUGCAAUGUAAUGAAGGUUCAGUUACCAUGUUUUACUCUGCCCUUGGCUACAUGGGCUUUCUGGCUGCCACCUGUUUCUUCGUGGCUUUCCUGGCCCGAAAACUGCCAGGUACCUUUAAUGAAGCCAAGUGGAUCACCUUCAGUAUGCUCGUCUUCUGCAGUGUUUGGAUCUCCUUUGUUCCCACCUACCUAAGCACCAAAGGAAAAUACAUGGUGGCUGUGCAAAUCUUCUCCAUCCUGGCCUCUAGCCUGGCCUUACUGGGCUACAUCUUUAUCCCUAAAUGCUAUAUUAUUAUCCUGAGACCUGACAUGAAUACCAAAGAGCAACUAAUGAUAAAAAUUAACCUGAAUUCCUAG